ACUUCUCUUCUCCUCAUCAUCGCUCACCUUCAUCCAUCAUGUCGGUCAGCUUUACAGCACCAGACCUGCAGCCCACAUACCAGGCCAUCAUCGAUGGCUCGGCUGAUUAUGACUGGGCCAUCUUCAACCAGUCCGGGAACGAGCUCAAGGUCCAGGCCACCGGCGAGGGCCUCGAGGACUUCUCGGACGAGUUCAUGGACGGCCGUAUUCAAUACGGCUUUGCACGCGUGCAGGACCCUAGUCGCUCGCUCGACCGCUUCGUCCUGAUCGCCUGGUGCGGCGAAGGCGUUCCCGAGUCGCGCAAGGGCCUGUUCCACAUUCACCUAGCGCAGGUUCAGAACAAGUUCCUCAAGAACGCAACGCUCGUUAUCCAGGCGCGCUCGGAGCUCGACGUGACCCCCGAGCAUAUUCACAAGCGUAUUCAAGAGUCGAGCGGUUCCAAGUACUCGUCAUCGGCGCCGGCGCCUGUGCGUCCCGCCGUGUCAAAGCCCGCGCCCGCUCCGUCGUACCGCCCCAGCCAGGGUCUUGGCGGCUCCCAGGGCAAGCCCGCGUCCACCGCUUUUGGCUCCACCGCCCGCGCUGUGGCCCCUCCUUCUGCCCCAGGACCUCCUCCCAUACCGAGCGCCGCGCGCCCAACCUUUGGCGGUGCUCCCCCUCGGGCCCCCUCUCCCAUCAAGGCUCCAUCGCCUCCGAAGGCGCCCUCUCCGCCUCCUGCGCCGGUCGCCGCGCCUCCUCCCCCCGCCCGUCCGGUGAGCGCGUUGACACCCAGCAUCCAAGAGCCAUCCAAGCCCGCGCCCGAUGAUCGCAUCGCUCCAGUCGGCACCAACUACGAGCCUGUCCGCCUCAACAAGCCCGGCAAGCUUGGAAACCGCUGGAAUCCAGGCGCCGCAUCGGCAGCCGACGAUGACGAGCCUUCCUCGACCGGCCCCAGUCUCAAGGAGCGCAUGGCUGCCUUCCAGGGCGGUGCUGGUAGCAGUGGAUCCCCUACCGCGCCCCUCCAACAGCAGCGCAGCGGUCAGAAGCUCACUUGGUCGCAACGCCAGGCCGAGGCUAAGCGCCAGCGCGAGGAGGAAGAGGCGCGUAGCGCCGCUGCCAUUGCCGGUGCGGCCGGCAAGAGCCAAGCGCAUCGCGGGAGCUUUGGCACUUCUAACGCGCCCGCGCGCGCCAGCUUCGGUUCUGCUGGAUCGCCUCGCCGCUCCUUCGAGACGCGUGAGGCCUCACCCCCUCCCGCUCCCGCGCCGCCCCCUCCUCCGCGCGCGCCUUCUCCGCCUCCGGCUGCCCCGGCGCCUCCUCCCAUGCCAGGCUCGCGCCCCACCCCUGCAGCGUCCCGUCAGGUGCCACCGCGCCCCGUUGACUCGGACGAUGAGGAGCAAGAGGGCGACGACUGGGGAGCGCCCCCUCCCCCUCCGGCGAGCAGCUUCCGCCCGCCGCCUCCGAGGGCCUCGACGCCUCCCCAGGCCGCGUCUCCGCCUCCGCCCCCGCCUCCUCCUCCCCCGCCUCCCCCGCCUCCUCCCCCUCACCCGGCUGCGGACCCCGUUGCUGAGAUCACCCGCCUGAAGGAGGAUUUGACACUGCGCGACACCCCGCCUCCUCCCGCACCGCCGCCUCCUCCUGGCCCUCCUCCCGUCCCCCAGACAUCGAGACCAGGUAUGGGCGUCGCCGCUGGCGUUGGGGCGGCCGCUAUCGGCGCGGCGGCUGCCGGUGUUGGAGCUGUGACAGCGGCUGUCAGCGCUGUAGCGGGCUUGCCCCCUCCUCCUCCCCCACCACCUCCCCCUCCCCCUCCUCCUCCUCCUCCUCCUCCUCCUGCGCCCGCCGCUCCAGAGCCAGAACCUGAGGCGGAUCAUGGCACCACUGCGCGUGCGGUUUACGACUACGAGGCGCAGGAGGAAGGCGAGAUUGGGUUCGCUGAGGGUGAGCUUAUCACUGCCAUUGACCAGGUCGAUGAGGGCUGGUGGUCCGGCACGAACUCAGCCGGCGAGACCGGGCUCUUCCCGAGCAACUAUUGCGAGCUGGUUGAGGGCGGCGAGGCCGGCGGGUACGAGCGCCACGAUGACCCCGAGCCAGAGCCAGAGCCAGAGCCAGAGCCAGAGCCGGCUUCUGCUGCUGCUGCUCCGCCGCCUCCGCCGCCUCCGCCUCCUCCCCCUCCUGCUGCGGCUCCCGCGCAGGCGGAGGAAGAGCACAUGGUUGCCGCAUACGAUUACGCUGCAGCUGAGGACGGUGAGCUGUCGUUCGCCGAGGGUGACAAGGUGUACAACAUCGACCGCGUCGACGAAAACUGGUGGGAGGGCGAGGCCAACGGUCAGCGCGGCCUGUUCCCGAGCGCGUAUGUCGUGUCGCCUGAUGAGUACGCACAGCAGCUGGCCGAAUACGGCGAGUAACCAGCGAGAGAGCAGAAGCCUGAAACGUAGAUACCAGUAGAGAAAGAAUGAACCAAGAACUGGGACCGG